AUGAGCGUCGACGGUAGACAUUCCGGUCCAUCUCAGUGUGAUGUAUCAACUUCCACGCAGCCGAGAUCCAUCCCCGACAAGGCCAAAAGGUCUACCCAACAGGAGCCGUCGACAGCCGAAAUCCCGAAUACAGCCCCGGACCUAGGGUACGCUGAACAGCAUAGGCGUCACGAUAGCCAUUGGACACCUGCGGAUGAUUCAAGAUUACUCGCUCUGCGUCGUCAAAACACACCCUGGGCCACUCUCGUGAAGAAAAUGCACCCCAAGCGAGCGGCAGCUUGCCUUGUACGCUGUGCCUAUCUCGAGAAUCGUCAAGAAGAGUGGCUCCAGAAUAGACUGAGGAAUAGCUCUUGA